AUGGAUUCGCAAAGAUUGCAGGAGUUUUUUGAUAGCGUUGCCCUAAUUAUUGGUGAACCCAAUGUCUCUCGUCACUCCUCUUCGGGUGGGUUGGAAGGCCCUUCGGGCUCGACAGCUUAUGGCGACCCUUUUGCAUCCCCCAUGAGCCAUGAACCCAGUGGAGCCGUACGUCCCAAAUCUGUCGACGAAGUUCGUGAGAUUGUUCGGCUGGCGAAUCAAUAUGUCAUCCCGUUGUGGACGGUCUCUCGGGGGAAGAACCUUGGAUACGGAGGCUCUGCACCGGUCGUCAAAGGAACGGUUGUACUGGAUCUGCAUCGAAUGAACACCAUUGUCGAAAUCAACGAAGAAUACGGCUACGCAAUCGUGGAACCAGGUGUAUCCUUCUUCGAUCUAUAUGAAGAAAUCCAAAGACGGGGCCUCAAGCUCUGGCCUUCCGUGCCAGCCAUUGGUUGGGGGUCCGUCCUUGGAAAUACCACGGAGCGUGGGUUUGGCUAUACGCCCUUGGGAGACCAUGCUCAGGCGCAGUGCGGGAUGGAAGUCGUUUUACCAAAUGGGGAGUUACUGCGGACAGGCAUGGGUGCGAUGGAGGGUAGCCAACUAUUCGCACUUUACAAAGGUCCAAUUUGGGUGCAGUUUUCCUACCUCAAAAGCAUUUAUCAUUCAUCACUUGGUUCUCGAAUCGACUCUGAUAUAAUUCUCGUGCCUCUUUUAGGAAUCGUCACCAAAAUCGGCAUCCAGAUGAUUCCCGCUCCAGAAGCCUAUGCCACCGUUGAAGUGGAUGUGCCCCAAGAAUCCGACCUCGUGGCUCUUGUGAGCAUCUUAUCAGACCUGAUGCGUCGCUCAGUCAUACUCAACUCUCCCUCCAUUGCCAACAUCUUCCGUAUCGCACUAACAUCACGUGUGGCCAGUGUACAGGGGAAGGUGCAGGGAUACAUGAAACCACACAGCUAUGUUCCCUAUGAUGUACUCGAAGAAAUUCGUGUCGAACAAAAGUGGGGCUUCUGGCGGGCAUACUUCUCCUUGUACUCGCAAGUUGAGCUGCUUCCAGGACUCCUCCAAACCACCCGCCGUGCAUUCAACGCCAUCCCCGGUGCUACUAUGAAGUGGCGAGAAUUCCCUGGUACACCUGGGGAAUCCAUCACCACUGCUACCAUCAAGGAGGAAGAAAUUCCCCAUAGUGGUAUUCCAACCCUGGCGCCACUGGCCAUUCUCAACAGUCGCCAAAAGCCUGGCAGUCACAUCGACUACUCCCCUCUUUUCCCACCGUCUGGUCGAGAGCUGUAUGAGUGGUAUCUCAAGGCCAAGCAGCGGACGGUCGAUGCCAAGUUCGAUUUCUUCGCAGACUUCCACGUGUUCCCCAGACAUGUGAUUGGCAUCGAGUUGAUCAUUUACACUGACGAGGAGGCGGAGAGUGUUGAUCAGCUCAUGCGCCAUGUUAUUCAUGAUGCAGCUGAGAUGGGCUACACUGCUUACCGUACUCAUCUUGAUUACAUGGAUGAGGUGGCUUCUCAUUUCAACUUCAAUGGCGGUGCUCUGAAACAAUUCACUACCAAGCUCAAGGAAUUCCUGGAUCCUAGAGGGAUUUUGUCGCCUGGGAAAUCUGGAAUUUGGCCGUCCGGUAGAUCGAGCGUGAACUCGAAGCCUCGGAUGUAG